AUGUCGAGGUCUUUGCUUAGAACGACUGGAGUGACUUCCUUGGGCCCCAAAGCUGCUGAAAAGCCUUUGCUCACGCCUCUGCAUGCCACGUUGGCAGAUCCGAAGCUCAAGUGUCGAGAGGUCUCUUGGAAGUCAGCCGAUCGCGGCUGGAUUUGUGCCAAGAGGUGGUGUGAUCGAGAGUUUUAUCUCCUCCUGGACGGGACAAGUACGUCCUUAUCGCGCUGCCAAGAGGAAUGUGCCAGGUUUGCCUCCAUCCACUUCAGCAACAUCGUCAUGAUGUGA